CACACACACACACACACACUGUCUGGCCUGGUUCAUCUCUGACUACAUCCAGCUCCGAGGAGUUCAGGGCGGUGCACCGUCCUUCUCCAAACUGGACUACGCUGUAGCCUGGUUCAUCAGAGAGUCCAUGACCAUCCAGAUCUUCCUGUCGGCCCUGUGGGACCCCACCAUCAGCUGGAGAACGGGGCGCUACAGGUUACGAUGCGGGGGUACGGCCGAGGAGAUCCUGGACGUAUAGCUACCAGCCUAAGUCCCACCUACAGGGACGUUUAACCCGAGUCCUUAUCACCCCCAGGGGCCAGACACAGACUGAUCAGCAUCCUUAUGUCGUUAACUACUUUUGACCAGGGCCCACACCUGCCCAUAUUAUUAUUUUUUUGCUCUGGUUAAAGGUAGUGCACUAUAUAGGGAAUAGGGUGCCGUUUGGUAUACGGCCAGAGAGAGAUGGCAACAUUGAGAGGAAGGAAAUAAACUACCCGCUAUGGUCGUGAUGGCUAGAAAUAAACUACCCGCUAUGGUCGUGAUGGCUAGAAGGAAACUACCCGCUAUGGUUGUGAUGGCUAGAAGGAAACUACCCGCUAUGGGCGUGACGGCUAGAAGGAAACUACCCGCUAUGGGCGUGACGGCUAGAAGGAAACUACCCGCUAUGGGCGUGACGGCUAGAAGGAAACUACCCGCUAUGGGCGUGACGGCUAGAAGGAAACUACCCGCUAUGGGCGUGAUGGCUAGAAGGAAACUACCCGCUAUGGGCGUGAUGGCUAGAAGGAAACUACCCGCUAUGGGCGUGAUGGCUAGAAGGAAACUACCCGCUAUGGGCGUGAUGGCUAGAAGGAAACUACCCGCUAUGGGCGUGACGGCUAGAAGGAAACUACCCGCUAUGGGCGUGACGGCUAGAAGGAAACUACCCGCUAUGGGCGUGACGGCUAGAAGGAAACUACCCGCUAUGGGCGUGACGGCUAGAAGGAAACUACCCGCUAUGGGCGUGAUGGCUAGAAGGAAACUACCCGCUAUGGGCGUGAUGGCUAGAAGGAAACUACCCGCUAUGGGCGUGAUGGCUAGAAGGAAACUACCCGCUAUGGGCGUGACGGCUAGAAGGAAACUACCCGCUAUGGGCGUGACGGCUAGAAGGAAACUACCCGCUAUGGGCGUGACUGCUAGAAGGAAACUACCCGCUAUGGGCGUGACUGCUAGAAGGAAACUACCCGCUAUGGGCGUGAUGGCUAGAAGGAAACUACCCGCUAUGGGCGUGAUGGCUAGAAGGAAACUACCCGCUAUGGGCGUGAUGGCUAGAAGGAAACUACCCGCUAUGGGCGUGAUGGCUAGAAGGAAACUACCCGCUAUGGGCGUGAUGGCUAGAAGGAAACUACCCGCUAUGGGCGUGAUGGCUAGAAGGAAACUACCCGCUAUGGGCGUGACGGCUAGAAGGAAACUACCCGCUAUGGGCGUGAUGGCUAGAAGGAAACUACCCGCUAUGGGCGUGACGGCUAGAAGGAAACUACCCGCUAUGGGCGUGAUGGCAAGAAGGAAACUACCCGCUAUGGGCGUGACGGCUAGAAGGAAACUACCCGCUAUGGGCGUGACGGCUAGAAGGAAACUACCCGCUAUGGGCGUGACGGCUAGAAGGAAACUACCCGCUAUGGGCGUGAUGGCUAGAAGGAAACUACCCGCUAUGGGCGUGAUGGCUAGAAGGAAACUACCCGCUAUGGGCGUGAUGGCUAGAAGGAAACUACCCGCUAUGGGCGUGAUGGCUAGAAGGAAACUACCCGCUAUGGGCGUGAUGGCUAGAAGGAAACUACCCGCUAUGGGCGUGAUGGCUAGAAGGAAACUAGAUAUCUUCAUAUGAAAUUCAUAGUGUUUGAUGAUUUUUAACCUGUGUUGAAAUAUAUAAUUUAUUACUGAUGCUCUUUUUGUCUCUCUACCAUCCAAACUGUUGAAAACCGAGAUCCUCCUGUCAUAAAGUGAGCUCUACGUCCCAAAUUGCACCCUAUUCCUCAUUUAGUCUUGAUUCUAUACUCAAUUAAUAUUGUUUUAAUGUGAAAACUAAAGGUCCAAAUCUAGGAAUUCUCUUUUGUUCCAUUUUUGGUUUAUUGGUCAGGUUUUCAAGCACCAUGGUUUUUCUGCUGUGAGAUUGCUGGCUAUUUUCAACAGACAGGCUGCGUCGCAAAUGGCAUCCCAUUCCCUAUGUAGUGUACACCCUAUUCCCUAUGUAGUGUACUGCUUUUGACCAAAGCCCAUAGGGGUGUCAUUUGGGAUGCAACCAUGGUCUAAAUCGGGAGUAUUCAACUCUGACCCUACGAGGUCCAGAGCCGGCUGGUUUUCUGUUGUACCUGAUAAUGAAUUGCACCCACCUGGUGUCCCAGGUCUAAAUCAGUCCCUGAUUAGGGGGGGAAACACUGACUGGUGUCCCAGGUCUAAAU